UUGCCUUCAAAGUUCAUACUCUGCCUCUCUCUCUCUUUCCCAAUACCAUAAUUCCUCUCUCCCAAAACACCUUUCUGGUUUAAUUUAAUACGGCUUGUGUAGUUCGUUACACACACCAAUCAGCUACUCGCAUACCUACGCAAAUUUAGGCAUCUUGUUUUCUACGAUUUUAGCUCACUGAAUUUCGUUCGUUGAUUGAUUGUUUGCAAACUCUAAGUAUACACGGAUUUGAUUCAGUGAUUGUCGACGGAAAGACUAAGCAACGGCGCACCUUUGCUGGUUGAAUUAUAAGGUAUGAGAACAUAAAAUAAUCUUUAUCACCACCUCAAGAAGGCAGAUCCUCAGUCGUUGACAUUUGUUUAUCUGCUGGAGGUUGCCUUCAAACAUGCCUUCUCUUCAGCUUCUACAGCUGACUGAACAUGGUCGUGGCCUUCUGGCCUCAAGAAGGAAAGCUCUACUACUUGCCACUAGUAUUGUAGCUGUUGGUGGAACUGCUGCAGCUGCUUAUGUUCAGUCGCGAAAUAGCUCUAGAAGGCACAAUUCUUUUGGUAAUUCCAACGGAGUGGAGGACAUUAAAAGUGAACAAGACCAAUUGAUCGAAAAUGAUAAGAAUGUCAGAACGAGUAAGCAGAGGAGAGGGACUUUGAGAUCUCUCCAGGUUUUGGUGGCUAUUCUGUUAUCUCGUAUGGGGCGAAUGGGUGCACUAGAUAUUUUAUCGUUGCUGGCUAUAGCGGUCUCUAGAACUGCUGUAAGCAACAGAUUAGCUAAAGUUCAAGGUUUCCUGUUCCGUUCUGCUUUUCUCCGGCGUGUUCCAGCAUUUCUGCGUCUUAUUAUUGAAAAUAUUUUGCUUUGUUUCCUCCUGUCAACACUGAAUUCCACCUCCAAGUACAUAACAGGGACUCUAAGUUUACGGUUCCGUAAAGUCUUGACAAAGCUUACACAUGCACAAUAUUUUCAGAAUAUGGUGUACUACAAGAUGUCUCAUGUCGAUGGCCGAAUAAGCAACCCUGAGCAGCGAAUUGCCAGUGAUAUACCAAAGUUUUGUUCUGAGCUGAGUGAUCUUGUACAAGAGGAUCUAAUUGCUGUUACAGAUGGGGUGCUUUAUACUUGGCGUCUAUGUUCAUAUGCAAGCCCCAAAUACAUUUUCUGGAUACUGGCUUACGUGUUGGGGGCAGGGGGCGCAAUUAGGAAUUUCUCACCUGCAUUUGGAAAGCUCAUGUCCAAAGAACAGCAGCUUGAAGGUGAAUAUAGGCAGUUGCAUUCACGGUUAAGGACCCAUGCAGAAAGCAUUGCACUCUACGGAGGAGAAAAGAGAGAAGAGUUUCACAUUCAGAAGAAGUUUGAAAAUCUUGUUAGGCACAUGAGGGUUGUUCUUCAUGAUCAUUGGUGGUUUGGCAUGAUUCAGGAUUUCUUACUCAAGUAUCUUGGUGCUACUGUUGCUGUUAUCUUGAUUAUCGAGCCCUUUUUCUCUGGCAAUCUCAGACCUGACUCUUCUACCUUGGGACGCGCAGAGAUGCUGAGCAACUUGAGAUAUCAUACAAGUGUUAUAAUUUCAUUAUUUCAGUCACUCGGAACUCUUUCUAUAAGUUCGAGGCGGCUUAAUCGCCUGAGUGGUUACGCAGAUCGUAUACAUGAACUCAUGGGUAUAUCUAGAGAGCUAGCCACACGAGAUGCAUCUUCUCAACAGCCUGAUGGGCAUAGGAACUAUGUUAGUGAGGCUAAUUAUAUCGAGUUUGAUGGUGUCAAGGUUGUUACUCCAACUGGCAAUGUCUUGGUGGAGGAUUUGACUCUAAGGGUUGAAUCUGGCUCUAAUCUUUUAAUAACUGGUCCAAAUGGAAGUGGAAAAAGCUCCCUCUUUCGUGUUUUGGGUGGUUUAUGGCCGUUGAUAUCUGGUCAUAUCGUGAAACCUGGAGUUGGUUCUGAUUUAAAUAAGGAGAUCUUCUAUGUACCGCAAAGACCUUAUACGGCAGUGGGGACUCUGCGCGAUCAGCUAAUUUAUCCACUGACAACAGAUCAGGAGGUUGAAGCCCUUACAGAAAAUGAAAUGGCAGAGUUACUGAAAAAUGUGGAUCUUGAGUAUCUGCUAGACCGCUACCCAUCUGAGAAGGAGGUUAAUUGGGGUGAUGAAUUGUCUUUAGGAGAGCAACAAAGAUUGGGAAUGGCUCGUCUCUUUUACCAUAAACCUAAAUUUGCUAUCCUAGAUGAAUGCACAAGUGCUGUGACUACUGAUAUGGAAGAACGUUUCUGUGCCAAAGUUCGAGCAAUGGGUACCUCAUGCAUCACAAUCUCUCAUCGCCCUGCAUUAGUCGCCUUUCAUGAUGUUGUCCUAUCUCUGGACGGUGAAGGAGGCUGGAGUGUCCAUUACAAAAGGGCUGAGUCUCCAGCUCUUACAGAAUCUGAAAUUGUUAGAAGAAGAAGUUUUGAUACAGAGCGCCAAAGUGAUGCGAUGACUGUCCAACGUGCAUUUGCUAAUACUAAGGAACCUGCAUUUUCUGCUUCUAGGUCACAUUCUUCACAGUUGCUAGCAGCUUCUCUUAGUGAAGGAGAUGACUAUUUGCCACCUGAUUUUCCUCAGCUGCAAAUUGUUCCAAGGAUUUUACCUCUCAGAGUAGCUUCCAUGUUUAAGAUACUAGUACCCACAGUGCUUGAUAAGCAGGGCGCACAGCUGCUUGCAGUUGCCAUAUUAGUGUUAUCCAGGACCUGGAUAUCAGAUCGCAUUGCUUCUUUGAAUGGGACAACUGUAAAAUUUGUCCUGGAGCAAGAUAAGGCUGCCUUCAUCAAGUUGAUCGGUGUUAGCGUUCUUCAAAGUGCUGCAUCUUCAUUUGUUGCCCCAUCGUUGAGGCACCUGACGUCUUUGCUUGCACUUGGAUGGAGAAUCCGCCUCACCAGGCACUUGCUUCGGAGCUACCUAAGAAAGAACGCAUAUUACAAGGUAUUUAACAUAUCACGAGCAAACAUUGAUGCGGAUCAGAGAUUAACUCAAGACUUGGAGAAGUUGACCACUGAUUUGUCUGGUUUGGUCACUGGAAUGGUUAAACCAACUGUUGAUAUACUAUGGUUCACCUGGAGAAUGAAGCUACUGACUGGUCGACGAGGAGUGGCUAUUCUGUACACAUACAUGUUACUAGGUUUAGGAUUCCUAAGGAUUGUUACACCCGACUUUGGUGACCUGACUAGUCAGGAGCAACAAAUGGAAGGAACUUUUAGGUACAUGCAUGAAAGAUUGCGGACACAUGCAGAGUCUGUUGCUUUCUUUGGUGGUGGUUCUAGAGAGAGAGAGAUGAUUGACAUGAAGUUUGGAGCACUUUUUAACCAUUCAAUGCUACUUCUUAGGAAGAGAUGGUUGUUUGGUAUUAUAGAUGACUUCAUCACAAAGCAACUUCCUCAUAAUGUCACUUGGGGAUUGAGCUUGCUGUAUGCCAUGGAGCAUAAGGGUGAUCGAGCCUUGACUUCAACUCAAGGUGAACUGGCGCAUGCCUUACGAUUCUUGGCAUCUGUUGUAUCUCAGAGCUUUUUGGCAUUUGGUGAUAUUCUUGAGCUGCAUAGGAAAUUUGUUGAGCUGUCUGGUGGUAUCAACAGAAUUUUUGAACUUGAAGAGCUUCUGGAAACUGAUCAUCAUGGAGAAUACAAUGGCUCUUUAAGAUCUAAAUCUGCCGAACUCUCAGAUGAUAUUAUUUCUUUCUCCAAGGUGGAUAUAAUUACACCAGGUCAGAAAGUUCUGGCUAGACAGUUAGAGUGUGAAAUUGUUCCUGGGAAGAGCCUGCUUGUUACAGGUCCAAAUGGAAGUGGAAAAAGUUCGAUCUUCAGAGUCCUUAGAGGACUUUGGCCUGUGGUCAGCGGAAAACUCAUUAAACCUUACCAAGAAGUUGAUUUUAAAUCCCAGUGUCGUCUUUUUUAUGUGCCUCAGCGACCAUAUACAUGCUUAGGAACUCUCAGAGAUCAAAUAAUAUAUCCUCUCUCUUGUGAUGAGGCAGAGAAAAGGUUGCUACAUUUAGCUGAAGAAGGCCAAGAAUCAACUGGUGCCACAAACGUUUUGGAUAAGCAUCUGAGGUCUAUCCUGGAGAAUGUUAAAUUACUAUAUCUCUUGGAAAGAGAAGGCGGCUGGGAUACUAGCCAAAACUGGGAAGACAUUUUAUCUCUUGGGGAACAACAACGUCUAGGCAUGGCACGAUUGUUCUUCCACAAGCCCCAGUUCGGUGUCCUGGAUGAGUGCACCAAUGCAACAAGUGUUGAUGUUGAAGAGCACCUUUAUAAGCUGGCAACUGAAUCAGGGAUUACCGUUAUAACAUCCUCACAGCGUCCUGCUUUGAUACCGUACCACUCAGUGGAGUUACGAUUAAUUGACGGGGAGGGUAAAUGGGAGCUUCGUACAAUUCAGCAGUGAGUAAGGAUGCUCUUCUGUGUUUUACCUAGUACACAUGAUAUUUUGGGCUAGCAGCAACACUUUUCAGCACAAGGAAAUGAUGAAAAUUCGAACAAACCUGAAAAGUGGCAGCCCUCUGUCAUGGUUGAGCCAAAUCGGACUAUAUAGAGUUAUUAUUGUGAAUCAAAUAAUAAUACAAAAUUAGAGCAUAUAAUAUACAUGUCUUUAAAUUUAUUUUCUGAUUUUGUUGGUGGUUAUUUUGGUGGAUGAUGGGGUAGAUGACUGGAGAAAUAGUUAGAGCGAAGGAACUUUGUAAAGUGACAGUGGUUGAUCGAUAAUCAUCUCGGUUCUGUUGUAAUAUCUUAUAAUCAAUCAAUUUAUAGGCCCUGGUGUAAUAAAACUGCCUUCCAAACUGUUA